AUGCCUUUUCUCUUUUUUCUCUUGGAGGAGCUUGCUGGUGUCUUUUUCCUGGAUUUAACAGCAAUGGAACCGAAACAUUCCUCGGAUACGAUGGGAGAAAAUUUUGAUUUUAGCUUCAACGAGGAGCGCGAUAAAUGGCUGAUUGCGAAAAAUGCGCUGAUGACAUUCGCUGAGGAUAAAGAUAUGCCGAAGUACUAUCAUCAGCGUUUUCGACUGUUCUCGAAACUGAAUAAGGGUAUUCUGAUGGAUCGCGAAGGAUGGUAUUCUGUGACGCCGGAAAAGAUUGCAGCGCACAUCGCGGAUCGUGUUGUAAUCAAAGAAAACGCUGUGAUACUGGAUGCUUUUGCUGGUGUUGGAGGCAAUUCUAUACAAUUUGCACGCAAAGGCGCUUAUGGUACAUCGCCCUACGAUUCCAUUCCUUAA